UCAUCAUCAUCAUCAUCAUCAUCACAUUGGCCCCGGAGCGUGGACCAGAUUGACUUGGCGGCAACGCUGCCGCUGCUGCUUGGGUACCCAAUCCCCCACGGCUCUCUCGGCGCUGUGGUGCCAGAGGUGUUCAUGGCUGGUGGUGGUGAUGGUACUCCCGAUGACACAAACGACAACGACGAUGACAACGACAGGCACACCGCUGCACGCAUGGAGAGCAGCGUAGAUGUGGCAGCAGCUAGUGACAACCUCAACAGCAGCCGGAGUACCACCCGUGAUGACGACAAUGACCAUCGUGGUGAUGGUGACGAUGUUGCGUGGGCUGCUGCGCUGCUUCCUGUUGUUGAGGCGACGCGCGUAAACGCCCAUCAAAUCCGCAUGUUCCUCGACACGUACAUCAACCAGCACCCCGACUUUAACAUCGGGGACGGCACUGCGUUGUCUGCGCUGCUGUCCAGUGGCGAUGAGGAUUUCGCCAUGUCCCUCCGCUCAAACACAUCCGCCCACCACGCCGCGCAGCACCGGGUGAAUGCAAUCCAGCGCUACCGGCAAUACACCGCUGCUGUCCAGGCCGCAUGCCGCCGGGCUUGGACCCAGUUCAACACACCGGCCAUGACUGCUGCCGUGGCGCUGCAGGUGCUGCUCGCUGCUGCUGUGCUCUCGACGGCGGUGCUGGCGGACCCGGCCAUUGUCGCAUCCGUCACUGCUGUCAAUGGCAGCGCAGGCAACGGCGCUUCUCUCGUCCCAGCGACCAUCGCUUUCCUGGUCUCGGGUCUCGCUGCAUUCGCUGCAGACGUCGUGUUUGGUGUCGCCGACGCUUUCAACCUCUCCCUCCCCGUCCUCAUCAUCGGUGCUGCUGCGAGCGCGUGUGUGCCCGUGAUGGCGUGGACACAUGUGCGGGCAGCUGUGAAGAGGAAACUGCUCACAUCGCUCGAUCCCUGGCAGGCAGUCUUCCUCAUGGCCAUGGGGCUGCACUCGAUGGCCUCGUUCUCCAACAGUUUCGUUGUCUAUGACGAUCGCGUCACACCCGCUCUCGCCGUUCUUCUCAUUGCUCUCAGAGCACUGCAGGCUUUGCGGUUCAACACGAAUGUGAUUCCGAUCGUGACUGCUGCGGUCGUGUGCUGCGCCGCUAUUCGCCUCUCUCACGUCAUGCGGGUGUGCCGGGAGGAGCAAGAGGAGUGUGCGCCGCUCUUCAGUGCAGAGUGGGAGGUGUCAUUUGGACCGAGCAACUUGGCCGUGCUCGUUGUUGUCGCCGUCCAUUCCCUCGUGUGGUGGUGGCUCAAAGCACACGAAAACUUGCAUGGCGUGGCGUGGGUGCGGUACCGGCUGCUCUUUGCGCCCAUGGUGCUGUGCAUGGGAAUGGAGUGGGCCAGCGAGUUCUUGCUUGGACAAUCGCGCUCCCAGCCAGACACCCCCACCUCCUCCUUCCUCUCUUCGUCACCAUCGCCGUCGCAUCUGCUUACAGCGCGAGUGCCGUGGCUGUUUGAGCCGGGCGUGCGUGUGCUCUGGCCGCGCAUCGUCCUCGCCAUUACGACAGCAACAGUGUGCUGGUGCCUCACGCGGGGAUCGAUGACGGCGAUCCAGGACAAGCGCGACAACCAAGGCGGCCGGGAGGUGUGGGUGCACGGGCUUCCGUCUCGCUCGACGGCGGUGGUGGCUGUCGUUGGCGCUGCCGUUGUUGACGCGGCGAUGGUGCUGGUCGAGGCGCGGUUUGUGCUUGGCCUCGCGCUCAUGCUGGCGGCGGCGGCGGCGUAUCUCUGGCUCAUCGCCGAGGAGGAAUUCGCGCGUGUUACCGCGGCCCAGGCGCAGUCGACACGGCAACCGAAGUACAAGGUCGCUGUUGACCGCUUGAGGCGAAACGCCGUCCUGAUCCCGUCCACUCCUGAAGCCCCAACAGAUAUGCCCCCUCCACCCUCGUCCUCAUCCUCCUCCUCUUCGCCAUCGCCACUGACAUCACCGCGCGCUGCGGAUGUGUGCGUGUGGUUUCUCCUCACUGUCGUCUACUUCUACUUCACCGGCCACCAGGCCACGCUGCCGACGGUCAGGUGGACAAGUGGGCUCGUCGGGCUCACGGAGGUGCACAUGGGCAUUUCUGGCGCGUUUGUGUGGACUGCGACGUUCACAAGCGCCAUUGUCUUCGCCCUCUGUCUUCCUCUCCUCAUCACAGCCGUGCAGAUGGCAAUGCCGCGGUCGCUGCUGCAAGCGACGGGACGAUGGAGUGGCGUUGAGGGCGACUACUGGCUCUUCACUUCACAGCUCAAGCACACGCAGCGCCGGUUUGUUGCUGCGAGCCACGUGUUUGCCGGUCUGUCCAUCGUGCGGCUGGCGGGAGCGAUGGCGGCUGCACUUGUUCUCCGCCGGCACCUCAUGGUCUGGAAGAUCUUCGCGCCAAGGCUGAUGUUUGAGAGCGGAGCCACGGUGACGGUGCUGGUGUUCCUGCUGGUCGGCGCUUUGAUCAUGGCACGCCUUGCUGUCUUUGGUCGUGCCGCGACCAGGCAGAUCACACGGAUCACAAAGCAGCAGUGAAGCAGCGUGCGUUGUAUUCGUCGCGUGUGUGUGUGUGUGUGUGUGUGUGUGUGCAUGUGUGCAUAUGUGUGUGUGUGUGCUGUUCCGAGUGCGUUGGGCACAUGUAUGCGGAGACGGUUUAUUAGUGGCUGUGUGAAGCAAGGAGCAAUGGCAAGCACACCGAGCACUGUGUUGGGUGCGGUGGAGUUGAAGAUGGAUGGAUGGACGAGCGAAUUCUCG